CCCCAUUUCUCCUCCCCCAAAAAGAUCUUCUUCCAUCUUCUCUCUUCAAAUUCAAAAUCCAUCCAACACUGUAUAUACAUACAUAUAUACAUACAUUUCAGCUAUGCGGAUGAGCUGUAACGGAUGCCGGGUUCUCCGGAAAGGUUGCAGUGAAAAAUGCUCCAUUAAGCCUUGCCUCCAGUGGAUCAAAUCCCCCGACGCCCAAUCCAACGCCACCGUUUUCCUCGCCAAAUUCUACGGUCGCGCCGGCCUCCUCAACCUCAUCAACGCCGGCCCUGAACAUCUCCGCCCUGCUAUAUUUAGAUCGUUGUUAUAUGAAGCGUGCGGGCGGAUUGUGAAUCCGAUAUAUGGAUCGUCGGGGUUGUUGUGGUCGGGAAACUGGCAGCUCUGUCAGGCGGCGGUGGAGGCCGUUCUCGGCGGCGCGCCGAUCACGAAGCUGUCCCCUGACUCCGCCGCCUGCACCAUGAGCCCUUCGCUCAAGGCGUGCGACAUCCGCCACGUGUCCAAAGAGGAGAUCGCCGGCGAUCUUCACAAGGUUAAGUCGCGGGGGCGGUUCAAGAGAACGGCGGCGGCGGGGAAGCCGAAGCAGAGGGCGGGGUCGCCGGACGUGGACGACGCGGCGCGAGUGAUGUGGAGCUGGAGUCACAAGGAGGAGGAUGCGGUGGGGUCCCCCAGCCGGGACUCGGGGCUGAGUCAGCACGCCGACGAGCAGAGCGGCGGCGGAGAGAGCGGCGAUGCUAACUGCGCGUCCGUGGAGACGGUGGAGACGUCGCUGGCGAAGCCGGAGGAUGAGAGCGAUGUUGAAUUGGAGCUGACUCUCGGGUGGGAGCCGAUGUCGAGACACCAGAAAUCGACGCCGGCUGAGGUGAACGAAGACGCCGGCGGCUCCAUUGAAGCCGCGUGUAGAAUGGAACUGUAAUUAGCCCUAGCCCCUAGAUCAUACUCCAAAGACUGUUUUUGAAGACCAUUUUGUAUUGUUAUUCCAUUUAAUUUCUUUUUUUUGGAGCCUAGAUUUAAAAUUUUGUAUUUUGUUUAGGUUUCUAUUUGUUGUUGGUGAUAGAGAUGUAAUACCUUAGGCAGUGUCAAUGUCAAUGUCAUCAAGAGUCAUAAAGAAGUGAACAUAGAGAAAUGUUGGUUUCCUUUUAA